ACUCUACUGACUUCUCUUACUGACUCUCCAUAAGAUAACGGCAGCCAUAAUUGGAACUUGCGUCAUCAGUCCAGGUUUUCCCCAGGAUGAACAACAUGACGCGACUAAAAAUGCAGCUCGUUUUCUUUUGUACACUGGUAGCCGUAACUGUAGGCCAGAAGAAGAUGUUCUGUUAUUAUAACGCCGAAGCUCAGUAUCGGCCUGGUAUUGGUAGAUUUGUUCCAUCUGAUAUCGACCCUACACUUUGUACGCAUAUUGUCUAUAGUUUCGCUAAUGUAUCGGGUCUUGAAUUAACGGAUGUUAACAGUAAUGAUAGAACGCCCGGUGGUCUUUACGAACAAACAAUUGCCCUAAAACAAAAGAAUCCGGAUUUAAAGAUUCUCUUGGCCGUCGGCGGCUGGGAAAUUGGCUCUGAACCUUUUAAGGAAUUAGCCUCAACUUGGCAAAACAGGAACACUUUCUCAAAGAAUGUUGUGAAAUAUUUACGCCAGUAUGGUUUUGAUGGCUUAGAUAUGGACUGGGAAUUCCCAGGUACACGUGGUAGUCCACCAGAAGAUAAAUAUAAGUUUACGGAUCUGAUGAGGCAACUUCAGAACCAAUUUACACAAGAAGCAGCUGCUACCGGAAAUGACAAAUUAUUGCUAACUCUAGCUACAGCUUCCGGUACAUAUUACAUCAACCAAUCAUACCAACCUAAAGAACUCAUUUCAACUCUGGACUACAUGUUGCUUAUGACGUACAAUUACCAUGGAGGUUGGGAGAAUACAACAGGACAUCACACGGGUCUCUGGCCUAACAGCAUUGAUAAACCUGGGGAGAGGCGAGAACUUAACAUUGAUUGGUCAGUGGAUUAUUGGUUAGAUAAAGGCAUGCCUAAAGAUCGUCUUAUUAUGGGUUUAAGUUCGUAUGGAAUGAGUUACACGCUCAACUUCACCAAUCAGAACGGCGUGGGUGCCCCGGCUAAAGGCAACGGCAAAGUUGGCACAUAUACUAAUGAACAGGGUAUCCUCGCGUACUACGAAAUUUGUGAGAACUUGAAGUAUAAAGGUUGGAAUCAACGCUAUAUAGCAGAACAAGAUUCACCAUAUGCGUUUGGUGGAGAUCAGUGGGUUGGUUAUGAUAAUCAAGACAGUCUGGCCAUCAAGGCUCAAUACGCUAAACAAAAAGAUUUGGGUGGUGCCAUGUUGUGGUCUGUAGAAACAGAUGAUUUUAAGGGAACCUGUGGCGAAGGUCUGUAUCCAUUACUGAAGAGAGUCAACGGCAUCAUCAGAGAUGGUCAAACCGGAAGUAGUGGUACUCAAGGAUCUGGUGACCGAGGCAACCAAGGGUCGGGUGGUAGAGGUACAGGCGGGUCAGGCGGAAAUGUCGGUGGCAGCAAUGGUGGGGGAAACUUCGGCGGUGGAAGUAGUGGAGUCGCUGAUGGAAAUUUUGGAGGCGGAAACAAUGGAAUUGGUGGUGGAAAUGUCGGUGGCGGAAACAAUGGAAACAAUUGGGGAAAUGACGGCGGUGGAAAUUAUGGAAACAAUGGUGGUAGAUUUGGCGGUGGUGGUGGUAGUUCCAGCUGUGCCUCUUUAGGUACCGGUGCUCAUGCUAACCCAUCUAACUGUGCAUCUUUCUUUGUGUGUACUGAAACAGAUGAUGGAUAUAGACGAGAUGAGCUGUACUGUCCUGCUGGUCUUGGUUUUAAUGAUUUUAUCAAGACCUGUGAUUGGUCAGAUUACUGUUAAUAAAAUAUAUUACAUCUGA